AUGUCUGACCCAUAUACUCAAUCUGCGCCCUUCCAGCCUCCAACAGGCGGGGAGGCUACAUACUACGCUCCCCCAGAUAGUGUAUAUCAGAACCCUCCCUACGAUUACGAUCCACAUCACCAGCCUUAUGACCAACAGAUUCCUUCAAAUCACGAGCCCCCACAGGGCUAUUCCCAGUACGAUUUCACCCAGGCACCGGGGGCUUCUCUGUCUCAGGAGCCACUACCUCCAGUGCCUCCUCCUCAGACGGAGUAUCUCAGCCCAGCCUCAGCAGAAGGGCGAUUCCCACUGGUCCUCCCUCGUCGAGGAAGUAACUCAGAAUAUUAUGAGCAGUAUCCCACGCAACGCUACGAAUCCGAGAAACUUCCCCCAAGUCCACAGCCAUCUUGCACCUCCCAUCGGGAUGAAGACAUGGAAGGAGGGGACUCGCAGGACCCGGGCAGCGAACGCAGUCUAGGCGGCGCUGUUCUGGGUGGAGCUACCGGGUACUACCUGGGACAUAAACAGAGUCACGGGCUGUUGGGGGCUGUGGGUGGGCGCUAA